AUGGCAAAACGUGGCUCUGCCGUUUUGCUCCUCUUCUUGAUUUCGUGCAAUUUCAAAAACAGGACAAGAAUGGAAAGCAGAGUGAAAUUGGGGAUUUAGGGUUUGCUUUUAGAAUCGAAUACUCCAACCACCACCACCACCAUCAUCUGAAGAAGAAGAAAAAGAAGAAGAAGGAACGGCGCAGAUAUCGAUGCAAAUGAACAGCAGAGAUCCACCACCGGCAGAGGAGGAGGAGCAAGAUCAGGUGAUGAGCGAGGUCCACCUGGGAUGCCCACCUGGCAUCUCUGGGCCCCACAUUUCCCACUUCGCCAUUUCUCUUCCACCUACCACAUACACUGAUGCUUCUGAAUAUGACGACGAAGAGGCUUCUACAGAUCAAACGAUCAGCGUGGACCAAGACGGUGAUUUGGUUCUUAGUAGACGCAACAAACCAUGUUUGGACAGUUAUAGCUUGAGCAUUCAGCACAAUAUCACAUCAUCGAUUCCGAGCGUGGGUUUGCAGGUGUGGAGAGCGGAGCUUGUGUUAUCUGAUUUUGUGUUGCAUAAGAUGUUUACUUCAUCUGAGUUUGAUGGAAUUGUUGCAUUAGAGCUUGGUGCUGGAACAGGAUUGGCGGGUAUAUUACUUGCACGUGUUGCGGAAACAGUGUUUCUGACCGACCAUGGUGAAGAAAUUCUCAACAACUGUGCUAAGAAUGUUGACCUUAAUUCUGAACUGUUAAACUAUCGAGCUGCAGUUCACAUACGUGAACUUGAUUGGAUGAGUCCCUGGCCUCCUAGAGUAAGCGCAGGAGAGACUUCUCUGCAUAAAAGGUAUACAUGGACCUUUUCAGAAGUUGAAGAAGUCCAGGGAGCUUCUGUGAUUGUAGCUGCUGAUGUAAUUUACAGCGAUGACUUGACUGAUGCAUUUUUUGGUGUUCUAGAGAGAUUGAUGUCACUGGGUUCUGAGAAGGUGCUAUACUUAGCAUUGGAAAAGCGCUACAACUUCAGUCUCAUUGAUCUUGAUGUUGCUGCAAAUGGUUAUUCACAUUUCUGUAGCUAUCUGAGGGAUGAAGAGGAUUGUGAGGAAGUCAAAAAUGGAUGUCUCCCUUGUUUUGUUGGGAAGGUCAUAGAUCUCACACAAAUUCCAAAAUAUGUGAAGGAGUACGAGAGAGGAAAUGAUGUUGAGAUUUGGCAGAUUAGGUACGAGAAAAGAUCCCAAUUCAGGGACUCCUGUGACAAUGAGACUUAAGUUAUGUAAACCUUGUGUUUGUAAAAAUCCAUUUAGUUUGUUAUAAAUGUCUCAACCAAUCCUGUCCUCAA